AGAGGGAGGAGGAAGGAGCCACGCACGACCACGGCGCUUUUUAGAGGAAAAACAUAAAUAAAAAGAAACCCUCCACAAUGACCCGCUUAAAAUCUGAAGCCAUGAAGUAUCCGUAGCGGGUGGGGUUUUCGUUUCCUUUUUUUUUUUUUUUUUUUUUUUUUUUUUAAAUGACUAUUUAUUUGAAAGCCGUAACAGGAAUACGAGGCGGUCGGUGAAGAGGAGACGCUCGUCCGAGUUGCACGCUCCUGGAGCUCACUUUCUCCUUGGAAAGCUUCCGACCGGCGAGCAACUUUUAUUCAAGAUGCAGGGACUUUCAGCAACUACUGGCACCAAGGACACCAGAGACCUCCCGGCCGCCCCCCUACAGUACCAGUAUGGGUCAGCGGAUUACCCGUGUUCUCCACAGCUGCUAAAAAAAGGAUCAUGUCACGAGAAGCCCGCCAUCAAGCCACGGCCCCAGCCGUCCACGUCCCCCAGACCGCCAGCUGCACAGAAACCUCAAGUGCCCCCUAAACCGGCGCACCUGCUCGCUCUCGGGCAAGACAAGAAACCCAAGAGGAUCCCGCCGGCGCCCUGCAGGCCUCUCCCAGCACCGCCGCCCCCGCCGAAACCCAAACCCAGUGUUGUGCCCCCUGCAGUGGGAGCACAGCCGCAGAGGGAAAUCCAGAAAGUGGGGCUGCUAAUCGAGAGGUUUGAAAAUUCAAGGGUCCCCAUCUUGGGGGCAAUCCCCCGCUCCCAGCUGCACCUGUGUCUUAGAAUGGACACUGCAUGUGACAUCACUUCCUCCUGUGACCAGGACACCACGGCGAAGAUAGCCAGAGACGCCGCUGCUUUGAACAAACUUGCAACCUUCCCCUCUGUAGGAGCUGACGAUGUGCCCGAACUAUCCUGUCUGUCGUCCAUGCAAAUGGACGGCUCUGAUGACACCCCGUUGGACUUGGAGGUGGACAUAACGCACGGUGAUGGUUGCCUUGAUGAUGGGGAGCGGGAUGAAGGCUCCUCGCACGGGUUUCUAGACAAUCCAGACACCUCAGAGCAGAUAAAGAUUCCUAAUCGGGACAGCGGCAUCGACAGUCCGUCGUGUGCCGCAGAAGGGGAGGCGUUUCCCAAUGAGGACGCCAUUGAUGAGGAGGAUCAUUACGACAGUGUUACGGAAACGGAGAGUGUUUCUUGUUGUGUUACCCUAAGCAACAAACGGGAUUCAACUCAGGAUGAGGACAGUGACUUGGAUGAGGGCAGCGGUGGCGAGAACAACUCUCUAACAGACACACAAACCGGAUAUCUGACAGAUGCACACACAGAGGCACAAAAAUGCUCAGAGGCGCAGAGGUUGCUGAACAUUGCCAAAGAACUUCUCCACACUGAAGAGGCCUACGUCAAGAGGCUCAACCUCCUCGACCAGGUAUUUUGCACUAAGCUCACCGAGGCCGGAAUCCCUCAGGAUGUCAUUACAGGGAUCUUCUCUAACAUCUCCUCCAUCUACUGCUUCCAUGACAAGUUCCUGCUCCCAGAGCUCAAGACGCGCAUCACUGGAGAAUGGAACUCCAACCCUCGUAUUGGGGACAUCCUCCAGAAACUGGCACCUUUCAUGAAGAUGUAUGGAGAGUAUGUGAAAAACUUUGACCGAGCGAUGGACUUGGUCAACACCUGGACGCAACGGUCUUCACAGUUCAAGAGCGUUGUCCAAAAUAUACAGAAACAGGACGUGUGCGGCAACUUGACGUUGCAGCACCACAUGCUGGAACCAGUCCAGAGGAUUCCUCGCUACGAGCUCUUGCUUAAAGACUACCUGAAGAAGCUGCCCGAUGAUGCUCUCGACCAAAAGGAUGCAGAAAAGGCAUUGGAGUUAAUAUCUACCGCAGCUAAUCACUCCAACGCAGCAAUCAAGAAAAUGGAGAAGAUGCACAAACUGCUUGAGGUUUACGAGAGGCUGGGAGGGGAGGAGGACAUUGUGAACCCAGCCAAUGAGCUUAUCAAGGAAGGACAUAUCAAGAAGAUGUCAGCCAAAAAUGGAACAGCACAAGACAGAUACCUCUAUUUGUUUAACAACAUGGUGCUCUACUGUGUGCCUAAACUCAGACUGAUGGGGCAGAAGUUCAGCGUCAGGGAGAGAAUUGACAUUGCUGGCAUGGAGGUGCAGGAGAACGUGAAGCAGAACCUUCCUCACACGUUUGCCAUUAUUGGCAAACAACGUUCACUGGAACUUCAAGCCAGGACAGCCGAGGAGAAAGAAGAUUGGAUUCAGGUCAUCCAGGCCACUAUCGAUCGGCACAAGCAAAACAGUGAGACUUUCAAUAAAGCCUUCAACAGCUCCCUCUCGCGGGAGGACGACCAUGGCCCCGAAUCACCGGGUCCUUGGUCCAACACAUCCAUCGACUCAGAUAGCGAAAGACUGCAUGAAAGGAAGAGUUCAAGAAAAAAAGACAAAGAGAAGCAGACAUGUAAAGGAUGCAAUGAGAGUUUCAAUUUCACCAAGCGCAAACACCACUGCAAGUCCUGUGGAGGGGCCAUAUGUGCAAAGUGUUCAAAAACCUUGGACAACAAAACAAGUCGAGUGUGCCCCGAGUGUUUUGAGGCGAGCCUGAGUCUGGAGAAUCUUGGUGGUGGUGAACAGAAGAGGAAAGCAGCGCCUGAGAGACAAGCAUCGUUAACAGGGGAGAACUGCCUCUUGUGUGGCCACCUCCAUGUGCAGGAGAAAGGAAAGAGUUGGACCAAGAUGUGGGUGGUUGUCACCAAGGCUGAGCCACUGGUGCUGUACAUGCAAAGUAGUGGGCAGGACCUGAAGGGGGCACGAGCUGUUCCGCUGCCUGGGUUUGAGGUGACUACGCUGUUGCCGUCCACGAGCGAAAGGCCAGAGGUCAAACACGCAAUCCGGCUCAGUCACAGUCAGCAAACUGUGCUCCUAAGUGUCCAAGAUGCGGAACUCCAGGCCAAGUGGGUGGACCUCCUCUUAAAAGCAGCUCGUGGGGAAACUGCCGCGGAUGCUUCAGCAAAUCUGACUGAACACACAAAGAGCCAGUAGUGGACACCCCCUCCUUCCCGUACCUCCCCCACCCUGUGCCCUGUGUAUAGAGCACACGUUACUUGAAUUCGCUUACCUUGGCACUUUUUGUUUCUUGGAGAGGACCACGCAGUCCUUCCUAUACACCACUUCAGCCUCAUCCUCACUCACACCUCUUCCUCGCCACAAAGCCACAAUAGCCUCUGAAUGCGGCGUUGUGAUAGUUUGUUCCUCUCCCCAACCUAAGAGGAUCUUUGGAUGGACUCAUGUUUUAUUUGUAUUAUAGCUUAAGAUUCCCACAUGGUUUUAAUGAAUAGUUUCCUUGUACAUUAUCACAUUAAGUCUUUGUGGUUUUUUUCCAUUAUGUGAAAGCGUGUGUGUGCGUGUGUGUGUGCGCGUGUGUGUGUGUGAGCCUCUGCUCCUUCCUGUGUAUAUGAAGUAUUUGAAUAUUUGUGUCAUGAAACUCCGCCACUUCCCUGCCGUUGCUGGGGCAGAGUAGCAAUGAGUUCAGUGGGUGUUAUUGUACAGUAUGUAAACUAUAGUGUGAUGUAAGGACAAGCAACAAAAGUACAUUUUAAGUCAAAAGACACUGAGGUGUGUACACUUGUGGCUGGCCACCUGAUGCUCCUACUGCCAGCUCCUGUUCAACAAACUCCAUCACUAUAUUUCUCUCUCCAAUACAGUAUUUAAUUCCUGUUAUGUCUAUAUAAGUAAAGUUCUCUCAUUCAUAUUUCUAUCCUUACAUUAUUUAGCCUCAUCAUGAAGAGCACCAUAAAUGAGCCUGACCCCUGAGUAUCUCCAGUUGUACACAUGCUAAAUAUUUCAUUUUUGUGUGUGUUUCUCUCUCAGCAUAGCAACACUUGGCCUUCUCCUCACCCUUUGGUGAUGUGAUGGAGAUGAAGUACUGUACUGUCACUUCCUUAUGCCUUUCCCUCUGUACCCUGCUCCUAUCAGCAGCAGCCUUUAACAAAAAAGUAGCAAAAAAGAAAAUGUUGGAUCUCAUCUUGCAUGUUAAGUCACCCAUAAAUCAGUAAAGCAUAUCAUCAAUAAACGGACAAUGUGGUAAAUGAAGUACAGUGUUCCCUCGCCACUUCACGCUUCACGUUUUGCGGCUUCAGUGCUUUGCGGGCUUUUCCAUCAAAAAAUGAAAAAAUACAGCCAUAUCGGCAGCCAUAUUGCGGAAAGACGCGUUGUUUCAUGUUGAUGCGCGCGAGAGAAGGUUUCCCUGCAUGCCAAACAAAGAGAUGAGUUGACUCAGAGGCUUUGUACAAGCCUGUACUGUACUGUACAUGCCACGGGCACUCAUACAAGGUGUGUGAUUGGUUCCCGGCGCGACAUCGACCAAUGAGAGCACGAGUGGAUUUAUACCGUGAGCUGAUUGGCUGCGCAUCUUUGCAGCCUCACUCAGGAUCUUCCCUUUUUGUGUCUCGCCAGUCUUGUCCAGGCUGUUGACUGUCUCGCAUACUGUAUCUUAGUGUUGUGUUUGCGAUAACGUUUUUUGUUGAAGCGAUAACUUUUUUGGAUUAGUUAAGCCCUUACAAUGCCGCCUAAGCGCUGUGCCACUGCGAAAGCUUCAUCCGGGGCGCCCAAGAGGAAGAAGAAGAUGAUGACCAUCUGCGAAAAAGUGAAACUUUUAGAUAUGAUAAAGAGGGCAGAAGUUAUGCAUCUGUGGUAAGCCAUUAUGGCGUGAAUGAAUCUGCAGUGUGGUACAUCAAGAAAGAGGAAGCAAACAUCCGCAAAACUGCUUCAAUAACCUUCAAUAAGGAAGCGAAACGUGUGGUAACUCCGCUUAAAAGGAGAAUUGUGAAAAUGGAAGCUGCAUUGGCAUUGUGGAUUGCUGAUUGCAGGGAAAAGACAGUGAGUUUGGACUCUCUGCGACCAGAUUUUGCCCGAUGACGACAAUGAAGAGGCUGAAGAAGGUGCUGACGAACCUCAAGCCAGCACUAGCACUGCCAGGAGUGAUUCGCCUCCUCGAGGACGAGGCUUUUCAGCCAGCAAAGGCUGGUUCGAAUAAUUUCCAAAAAGAUACGGCCUCAGAAGCGUGCCUCUGUAUGGUGAGGCUUCCUCUGCUGACAACGAUGCUGCUCGUCGUUACAUGGAAGAAGAGUUUCCUAACCUCAUCAGUGAGGGAGGCUACCUCCCUGAGCAAGUUUUUAACACGGAUGAAACAGGCCUCUUUUGGAAGAAGCUGCCUUUGCGUACAUUCCUCUUCAAGGACGAAGUGAAGAGGCCAGGCUUCAAGCCCCACAAGGACCGUGGGACUGUCAUCAUGUGUGGCAAUGCUGCAGGUUUUAUGCUCAAGCCAGGCCUUAUUUAUCAAGCCAAAAAUCCACGGGCAUUAAAAAACAAAAAUAAGGCUCUGCUGCCCGUGUACUGGAUGCAUAACUCCAAGGCCUGGAUAACAAAAGCUCUGACUCUCGAAUGGUUGCUCCAUUGCUUCAUUCCCCAGGUGAAGCUGUAUCUGGCUGAAAAGGGCCUCCCCUUUAAGGUCCUUCUCCUGAUGGACUGUGCAGGACGCCAUGCAACAGACCUGCAAUAUAACGGGGUGCAGAUAGAGUUUCUGCCCCGAACAUUACAUCUCUAAUUCAGCCGAUGGAUCAAGGUGUCAUUUGUGCGUUUAAGGCACUCUACACUUGCUCCACGAUGGAGGGCCUCAUCUCGGCAGUUGACGACGACAUUGAACAAUUCACCUUGAAAGCAUACUGGCGCAGUUACGACAUUGCCUCAUGUUUGUCUAUUAUCCAGCAAGCAUUAAAGGACAUGAAAAGUGAGACCAUAAAUUCUAGCUGGAAGAAACUAUGGCCGAACGUGGUGCACGACUAUCCAGGCUUCACUCCUGACGAAGUUCAUCAUUCAGCGGUGGAGAAGGCGGUGAGGCUGGCUCGCAUCAUAAGAGAGGAAGGAUUUGUCGACAUGACGGAAGAAGACGUCAGCGCCCUUAUCAAUUGCCACUUGGACACACUGACAGAUGAAGACCUCCUUGAGAUGACAAAGUCUGCAAGUGAGGAAGAAAACGAAGAGGAAGACGAAGAAGAAACUGAAAAGUGUGGCCUUACCCUGGAGAGCCUGCAACAAUUGUGCAACAUGGCAAGGGCAAUGCAACGAUUUGCACGAGACAUUGACGACAAUAUGCUUCGAGCUGUCGAGUUUAGCAAUCGUGUUGACGGGGUUAUGUCCUUGUACAGGGGAAUUUUGAAGCAAAAGAAAAAACAAAGAAAACAACUGCCCAUCACCAUGUUUUUCUCCAAGGUGAAAACUCCACCUACACCGUCAGCGCCUCCAGCAGAAGAGUCUCCGAGUCAAGUGAGAGCCUCUCCGCCGCCACCAACACAAGCCUCUUCGCCUCUCUCAGAAGGCAAUGUUGAUUAAUGUUAAUUACUGUAUAAGGAUUUAUAAUUAAGAUUUAAGUAAAUACGUGUACGGUUGUAAUCUUUGUCUCAAAUAUGUAAAGUAUAAAUACUGUUUACAAAUCCAAAUAAUAUAAUAAUAAUAUAAUAUUAUAUAAUAUCAUACAAAUCCUACUUCGCGGUUUUUCACCUUCCGCGGGGGGUUCUGGUCCCCAUUAACUGCGAAAAACGAGGGAACACUGUAUACCAUUCUGUCCAACAAGCUGUGCACAUGUCACAAAUAUCUUUGUCCACACCACAAACCUAGCAACACUUGAUGAGAUGGAAUGGACAUGUUAUAAAAAUGCAUGUGUCUUGGUGUACGCUGUCAUGUUUUCUAAAUACACUCGAUUCCAUUUGUUUCUUUUUCA